AUUAUGAGCUUCUGUAUAUAUGACUCAGACAUAGCUCUAUGUACUAACGAGCAAGUCGUUAUAUACAAUCUUGAAAACGAUGCAGAACAGACGAUCCGUUUACCUGAACUGCAAAUAGACAAAAAAAUUGAUUUACACAAUAACGUGAAUAUCGAAACGUUUCACACACUUACAAAUGUAACGUUUUCGAACGAUGGAAAGUAUUUUUUUGUCUGUACAAACCGUAAACAACUGUGUCUGUACGAAAGGAGGAAUCAGAAUCUUUUAUCGAAUCAAACGCUAGUAAGAGCUGCUAGCAAAGUACGAUUUACACCCAGUAAUGAUAUAGUUGUCGCUGAUAAAACUGGGGAUGCAUACUUAUUUCCGAGUAAUAAAUCCGAGAAUGGAAUACUGCUUUUGGGACAUUUAUCAAUGUUGCUAGAUGUAUUAGUUACAGAAGAUGAAAAGUACAUUAUUACCACAGAUAGAGACGAAAAAAUCAGAGUGUCCAUGUUUCCAAAUUCAUAUAAUAUAAUGUCCUACUGUUUAGGACAUAAAAAAUUUGUUACAAACAUUCUAGAAUUGCCUCAUGACAAAAGUAUUUUAGUAUCUUGUGGAGGAGAUGGUGUUUUUAUUCUGUGGGAUUAUGAAAAUGGAAAAGAACUAUUGUCUGUGGAUUUCUGCAAUAAAAUAUCUAAAAAUGAUAUUGACAACUUCAAUCAAAAGCUUCAGGAUUGCCACUUAGAUGAAACUGUGGAAAUUUUACCUGUUAAGCAUUUAAGACUCUCUGUACUUGAUACCACAUCAUCUUUGGUUGUGAUGAGUUUUUAUGAUAACUCAUUGUUACUAGCUUACAUCAUUAGUGGCACCAAAGACUCAAAAUUCAAAGCAACAUACAUUCAGUCCAUAAUUCUAGAUUGUGAGCCUACAGAAUGUCACUUCUAUGAGGGAAAUUUAUGGCUAUUAAAUGAAGCAGGAUUUCAAGUGUACAAAUUUGAACAAAACAAGUUCGUACUUAGUGAUGUAAUGAAUUUUAAAUUAAAUCGAUUAAAUAGUCUCUGGAAAACAUUGAGGAAAGAUUCUAUUAAGCAGAAUUUAUUUCCAAUAUUAUAUAAAAGAAAGUAUGAUAAUGUACAAGAAUAUUUGGAAAGAAAAAAAACGCGUUUAUCAACUACUCCUGAAUAA